UCAGCUGACAACAGCAGCACCUCGGCAGCCAGAUGAUGAUGGCAGACUCUGGAAGUACCGAAGAAGUGGCUGUGAUCGGUAACACCGACAUCACUUCGGCAGAAUCCGAGAACAACAUCAUAAACACGAUGGUUGAAAAAGGGACAGCUCUGUUGAGAAAAAUGGAGAUAAACGUGGCAGAGUCAGAGAAGAGAACGGGGAAGAACACGGUUAACAUGCAGGAAACCUACACAGUCUACCUCAUAGAGACACGGCCAGCCGAAACUGUUCUAGAGGGGGGUACGCCUGCCACGCCUGACACUUUGUGGAGACGCUACAGUGAGUUUGAGUUGCUCAGAACAUACCUCUUGGUCACCUACCCCUACAUUAUCAUCCCUCCACUACCGGAGAAAAGGGCAGAGUUUGUGUGGCAUAAGCUGUCAGCAGACAACCUCGACCCAGACUUUGUCGAGCGACGGAGAGUCGGCCUGGAAAACUUCCUGCUGCGUGUUGCAUCACAUCCUGUCCUCUCCAAUGACAAAAUCUUCUUCCUCUUUCUGACAGAGGAGAAAGGAUGGAGGGAGGCAGUUUUGGAGACAGGCUUCCAAGACAAGGUUGACUCCAGACUGAAGUCUCUGAGUGCCAUGUUCAGAGUCAAGAACCCUGACAAGCGAUUCACAGCACUGAAACACUACAGUGAUGAACUGAACACUGUCAUCUCUCAGUUACUGAGGGUGCGGGCGAAAGUAGCAGACAGGCUGUAUGGAGUUUACAAGGUCCAUGGUAACUACGGCAGAGUCUUUAGUGAGUGGAGUGCCAUUGAGAAAGAGAUGGGAGACGGACUACAGAGCGCUGGCCACCACAUGGACACGUAUGCUGCAUCAAUAGAUGACAUUCUGGAGGAAGAAGAGCACUAUGCAGACCAGCUGAAAGAAUACCUUUUCUACACUGACGCUGUUAGAUCAGUAUGUAGGAAACACGAGUUGAUCCAGUAUGAACUGGAGAUGGCAGCUCAGGACCUCGUCCAUAAGAAACAACAGAAAGAAGAGCUGGUCACUGGGACAGUACGUGUCUUCUCUCUGAAGGGAAUGACCAGUAAAUUGUUUGGCCAAGAGAGCCAGGAGCAGAGGGAGAGCAGGUUGGCAGCUCUGGAGCAGAGUAUCCAGGAGGGAGAGGAAAUGGUCAAGGAGAAGAACACAGAGUGCCAAGAGUUUGUGCGAACUGCCUGGGAAGACAUUGAACGUUUUAAGGAGCAGAAGGACAAAGAUUUGCGUGAAGCACUGAUCAGCUAUGCCAUUAUGCAGAUCAGCAUGUGUAAGAAGGGAAUCCAGGUGUGGUCCAACGCCAAGGACUGUUUCAACAAAAUGUGAGCCACUUUCCCUCCGAUCACUCUCCUGCACCAAAACCAUAGUGAAUCAGAUCGUCCACAGUGGGACCAUCAGCUAAUCGCCACACUGCAGUCUUAUGGAGCUGGACCACGGGAGCCCAAAUACUGCCCUCACUUUGUUUGCCACGCUGAAUGAUUCUCUUUUCUCUCUUGCACACACACACAUUUAUUUAGAAAGAGUUUCCAAGUCAGAGUCAUUCGGUGGAUCCAUGCCUUUUAAAUCCAGAUGUCUUAACAGUACCAUUCUCUUUGCUCUCUGCAGAUGAUCCAAAGUUUCUGUACUUUUUUUCUCCUGUGUUGCACAACUGACAGCAUGUCCAAGAGAAAAAUCCUGCACUAAUAAUGCGUAAUAGUUGCACAGUGGAAACAGCUGUGCAGUGUAUUUCGGUACUUGUUGACACGCCUCUUGACUUAUCUCUCACCCUGACAGUAAUCAGGAGCUGCGCAUUUCAGACAGUGGUUCAUUUGACUCUUUGUAGAGUUACCUGCCUACUUGUGCCUUUUCAUAUUUUACUUUUAGACACGAUACUCUCUCUGAAGACAAUAUUUUGAAAGGAAGCAAAAACUGAAAAAACUCCAACAACAUUCAUCCUUGAUUUUGACACUUUCAAACACAUUCAAUUUCACACUAAAGGAUUUAACUGUUACUUUGAUUAGCCUGUCACCUACGCUGAUGUCUGCAAAAAUUCCAAUGGUCUCUUUGCAAGAGCAUCUAUGAACUGUGUCCCCCAGGCUUCCCAAAUGUUGCAUAUCUGUGCACUGAAAUAAAAUGGCAGACGCUGGGGAAACAGUCUGGGAUUAGUUACCAGGAAUCAUUUCCACAAGAAUACUUUUACCACUUCUUCCCAGCCUUAAGUAAGAAGUGUAAUCUUUUGAAAUUCUACUCAAUAAAAAUGUCAGCUAAGGGAACAUGAACCACACUUCAGGAAGUCACGACACGUUCACUUCCUUUUCCUCUUUCUCCUGAAAUAUGUUUCCUAUACUUCAUGCUGAAGUCAGUCAUGCUGUUAUUGACCGAUAGCCGACCAAAGUGCUUAUGACCAAGUACUAGUCUGUAUAGUAUGGAUCAGGGGUGGGAAGCUUGGGGUGGGUUUGGUUAUUGAUACUGUUUUAUGUUUUUUGCUUUGUGCCAAAAACAAAGAGCGAUGAGUCAGAUGCAGUCAUGAAGGCAUCAGCAGCAGUUUGGUUGCCUUCUUGAACCACUUAAUUGAGGCUUUUUGUGAGACUGAACCAUGAUGGCGCCCCUACAAACUACCUGAUCUACCAAGUGCAACUGUAAUUUUAGUUAAAAGCAGCACACAGAACAUACAGAUGAGUAGUUUGGCCUUUUCUUUGCUGUCAAGCUUUGUAGCUUUUAUACCAACAUUGGUUUUUGUACACCAGGGGAGGGACAAAAAAGUAGCUCUGCCCGAUGUCAAUGUCUUUUUCUGAUGUUAAGUUACUGCACUAAAUAAUAGACCUGAGUUCCAAGCAUGCCUCAGGUCAGUGUUUAUAAAAAAAAAUGCUGACCAAAUAGUGGAAACUUUUAACUACAUACAUGUCUGAUCGUCUGAAUCUGGCUCAAUACGUAAGAUAUCCACACACAGUGAAUUUUGACUUUGCUUCCUUAAUGAUAUCCAGCUGAGGAGGACAGAUGGGUGCAAAACGGACAUUUAAAAAGUUGUGCAGGGAUUAUUUUCUUUCAGCUAACCCCACCCUUUCAGAAUAAACAAUCAGUUUACUGAAAUAAUCCCAAAUUGAGACUUUAUGUAUGUUUUUAUAAUAAAUGUGUUUAAUGGGAGAUUGUUUUUAUGUUUCUGUAAUCAAUGAGCUAAGACACUAAUAAACAUUUCUUUUUUAAAAAACA